UCUACAGUGAAAUUAUUGACUUUUAUAAUAACCAUUUUAAAAGUUCCAUGCAGAGUUUUUAAUUGAUUUAUAAUGUAAAAAGUUUUAGAUGCAGAAAAAUUGAAGUACUGUAACUCUGUCUUACAUUUUAAGCUUUUAAAAGAGUUAGUUUAUGACAGGAAGAAACAAGAAAUUCAUGUUAGAUGGAACUCACACAUAAUGUAUGGAACAACUCACACAGAAAAGUGAUCAUUUAUCUAUUUAGACACCUUCCAUGAACACUAACACAAAUUAGAAAAAUGGUUUCUCUGGAUAAUUUCUUCUUUGUCCCAAAUUUGUGUCAGAUUAUUCUCUUGCUGUUUAUUUUCAAUCUUCCCAACAUAUUUUCACAAGACUCUAGCCCUUCAAACCCCACCAUAGCUCAAUGCACUUCAACCCUAAUUUCUCUUAUUCCUUGCACCCCAUUUGUGCAGGGUACUGUCCCUUCUCCAGGGUCACUAUGUUGUGGCAACCUCAAACAGAUCUACAGCCAAGAGCCACAUUGUCUUUGUCUUUUGCUCAAUGGCACUACCUUCAGUUCUCUUCCCAUCAACAGGACACUCGCUAUGCAGUUACCAGCUCUUUGCAACCUUCAAGUUAAUGCCAAUAUCUCGACCUGUUUAGUGAAUCAAGUGCAGAGGCCUGCAACAGCUCCUCGUCCUCAUGUUUCCUCAGGCACAAAGAACAAUUCCACUGUUAUAGCUUCUCCUGCAUUUUCAGUUCCACCAACCCCUGUCAUGAUGGGAUUUGGGUUUCGAAGUAACGAAGCUAUCAACUUAAACAUAAUGAAAUCAUUAGUUGAUGUUAUUACUGUAGCAAUAUUACUUUUUAUUUUAGUAACAUAAUGAUGUAAUAUUUGUA